GGUGGUUGCCGGCGGCUCCGUGUGGCGAGUGCGGGGUUGUGCCAUGGCUCUGUCGCCGGACAAAGCCUCGGAGCUGAAGCAGAUCAUCCGGCAGCAGCUCGCCAAGAUGGACGUCCAUGGAAGGAUCCGAGAAGUUCUUGCUGAGACUAUACGUGAUGAGAUAGCGCCCAAGCAUCAGCAGUUAUCCACAGAUGAUCUGAUGAAAGCUCUGAGACGAAGAGGAAUCAUUGAUGAUGUUAUGAAAGAACUUAAAGUUGUAACUGAUAAGAAUGACCAAGAAGUGACCUUAGAUCCCAAGCCAUCUACCCAUUUUGUUAACAGACAGCCACCAGUACUGAAGAAAACUAAUAUUGACCCAACACGGAGGUAUCUUUACCUUCAGGUUUUGGGUGGAAAAGCUUUUCUGGAACAUCUACAAGAACCUGAACCCUUGCCUGGCCAAACGUGUUCUACCUUCACUCUGUAUUUACUUUUUCGAAACCAACGGUUCCGUUCUAAGCCUGUCCCGUGUGCCUGUGAACCAGACUUUCAUGAUGGUUUUUUACUUGAAGUGCACAAGGAUAGCCUAGGUGAUGGAAGUAAGAUGAUGGAUGCAACCACUAUGUUAUCUAUAUGCGAUCCAGUGCAUAUGGUCCUGAUCAAAACAGACAUGUUUGGUGAGACAUCACUUGUAGCAUCCUACUUCCUGGAGUGGCGAUCUGCCCUUGUUGCAGAGAACAGAAUAAUAAAUAUUGCGGUAGAACUCCUGGGCGUAGGUACAGAAUCAAAAGUUUCUGUUGGAGUCUUAAACAUCAGACUUGAAAUGUAUCCACAGCUGAAUAAGAUACUAUCCCAGGAAAUAAUUAAUACUCAGCUUGCUUUAGAACACCAGAAAACAGCAGAAAAAGAACGUUUGUUUCUUGUGUAUGCUAAACAGUGGUGGAGAGAAUACCUGCAGAUCAGGUCUUCACAUAACACAAGGCUGGUAAAGAUUUUUGCACAGGAUGAAAACGGGAUAAACCGUCCAGUAUGUUCUUAUAUCAGGCCACUUCGAGCAGGCCGAUUGCUGGACACACCUAGACAAGCUGCAAGAUUUGUCAGUGUCCUUGGUUAUGAAAGAGCUCCUGUUGUUGGAGGCGGAAGUGGUAAACAAGAACAGUGGUGCACCCUUCUCGCUUUUCUAUGUAGAAACAAGGGUGACUGUGAAGAUCAUGCUAACCUUUUAUGUAGCCUUCUCCUUGGUUAUGGAUUAGAAGCCUUUGUUUGUGUAGGAACAAAAGCGAAAGCAGUCCCUCACACGUGGGUAAUGACUUGUGGAACUGAUGGAAUCAUCACUUUUUGGGAGAGUUUAACAGGACACAGGUACAUUCACAGUCCUAUCCAUCCAGAUGACCCUCCACUUGUUGAACAGCCAAAGCCAAUGUAUCCUUAUCGAACAAUAGGCUGUAUCUUCAACAAUCAAGUGUUCUUGGCCAACUGCCAGCCUUCUGAUGCAGUGGAAGUCUGUGCAUUUGAUUUGCGUGAUGAAUCUAAAUGGAAACCAAUGAGUGAAGAAGCAAUCAAAUCGGUUUGUGCUCCAGGGGCCACAACUUCACUUCCUCCUUUCCCUCCUCUCUGUGCUUCCACAAUAGAUGCUGCAGUAGCAAGCAAUGAGAUUGAAUUACAAUUGAGGAUACUUGUGUCAGAAUACAGAAAGGACCUUGGCCUUACUACAGUUUGGGAUGACCAGCUAUCCUAUCUCUUGUCACCAGCUUUGGCAGCCUAUGAACUAGAACGUACAACAAGCAUCUCUGCAGGAAAUGAAGAGUUUCAAGAUGCUAUAAGAAGAGCAGUCCCUGAUGGUCACACAUUUAAAGGGUUCCCCAUCCAUUUUGUGUACAGAAAUGCCAGGAGAGCAUUUGCUACAUGCCUUCGGUCCCCUUUCUGUGAAGAAUUAAUCUGUUGUAGGGGAGACCAAGUCCGACUUGCAGUUCGUGUGCGAGUGUUUGCAUAUCCUGAAUCUGCAUGUGCUGUUUGGAUCAUGUUUGCUUGUAAAUACCGUUCUGUACUCUAAAAAAAAUAAAUAAA